GCGCAUGCGCGCCUGUUAUACGGAAGUUUUGAACCUCAAGCCUUCUAUAACUAGUACCUGAUAUUUAGUGUAUAUUCACGAUAUGUUUCUGCUUUACUUAUGAUAGACGCCAAAUGUCUGUUUGAUUUUUCCAGUUUUUUAUAAAACUAUAAAUACAAUACGUUUAUAGGCAAGAAUAGGUCAAAUGUGGGUCAUUUUAGUUCGGCCAUAAACCAACGAAAGCGUUGACAGCUUUUCCGUACACUGCCAUGCCCUUCGCCGAAGCAGCGCCGAAGAAAAAACAAGUUCGUUUCGCUAAGAUGGAAGAGGGCAUCGGCCACGACGAGCAGGAAGAGGAUACGCUUUUCGACAAACGUAAAGACGUGAAGAAGGGACUGAAAAGCGCUCUGAAGCGGGGCAAAGGGGCACUGAAACCGGGGAUUGAUCAGGUUGAUGUAGUUGGUAAUACUGGGGCAUGCAGGCGAUGGCUAAUCAGCCUAGCGCUCUGUGCAUCGUUUCUUGGUCUGGGAAUGGCCAUCUCUGUAUUGGGACCUACCUUUGAAGACCUGGCUCUCAAUGUCAACAAGAACAUCAGUAAUUUAUCCUAUAUAUUUGUGGGCCGUUCAUCUGGAUAUAUUGGAGGUUCCCUGUUAGGAGGGAUCCUGUUUGACUAUGUGAAUCCCCAUCUGCUUUUGGGCUUCUCAAUGUUAAUCACAGCAUUUGGGAUGUCUGGUACUCCUUUCUGUACAAAUUCUUGGCUGCUCACUGUUUUGAUGUCCGGUGUGGGGGUGUCAAUGGGAGUUUUAGAUACAGGCGGUAAUGUUCUCAUACUGAAUACAUGGGGAGAACAAGCUGGACCUCACAUGCAGGCUCUACACUUCAGCUUUGCUGCUGGAGCCUUUGCCUCUCCAAUCAUAGCCAAAGUGCUCUUUGGCCACAGUUUCGACAAUGUCUCCACUUACACAUCUGGCCAUGCCUCCAAGACCUUCAAUCCCUACUGGACAACUUCCUAUCUUAAGAACACCACUCAAACAUCCAUCAGACAUACCUACAUCUCGAUUGGUUCUUUUGUUUUAUUGGUGUCUCUCCUCUUUUUUUUCCUGUACUGCUGCAGUUUCAACAACUCGAAUAGGGCAAAAUCACCUUCGGGAAAGCAGCGGUUCUCCAAACAUCAUAACAUGCUCAUAUUCAUGUUGUCCUUGUUCUUUUUUUUCUAUGUUGGAAGUGAGGUGGCGUAUGGUUCCUUUAUAUUUAUUUAUGGCAAAGACUAUGUUGGAAUGAACGAGGUUCAGGCAGCAGGACUGAAUUCACUCUUCUGGGGAACGUUUGCAGCUGGUCGUGGUCUGGCCAUAUUUUUUGCGGCUUGUCUGCGCCCAGGCAUUCUGAUCCUACUGAGUCUAGUGGGCACCACAGUUUCCGCGCUGCUGCUUUGUCUUUUUAACCAAAAUCCCCCUAUGCUCUGGGCGUGCACUGCUAUGUAUGGUGUCUCUAUGUCUACCACUUUUCCUAGUGGAAUUUCAUGGGUUGAGCAGUACACGACUGUGACAGGGUGGUCAGCUGCGGUAUUUGUGGUGGGUGCAGCUUUUGGAGAAAUGGUUCUCCCAGCUCUCUUGGGCUUCUUACUGGGGCAGGUGCAGAAUCAACCGUUGCUAAUGUACCUGGCACUUGGCACAUCCACCUUCACUUCUAUCUUGUUCCCUGUCUUGUACAAAUUAGCGUCACAAGGAGGGGAGGCCACCUUGCGGAAAACACCAGGGAAAUGCACCAAGGGUGCUGAUGAUAGUGAGUAUCGGCAAGCACUCCUGGACAAUGCAGAGGAAGAAGAGGAGCUGGAAAAUGAAAGUGAAGCUGACCAGUGGAAUGAUGCAGACUUUGAGGUGAUAGAGAUGGACGAUGCCAGUCUAUUGAGCUCUCCUUCUAAAGCCUCAGUGCCACCUGAUGUUGCAGCCAGUGCAUUUCCUGCCCAAUCAGUGACUGCCCCAUUGCCAGCACCCUCAAGAGACCCCACAACCCUGGCCUCUCUGUCUCACACGCUGCCCUUUUCCACAGACUCUCCCAGACGCAAACUGUUAAUGUCCCUCAACAGGGAGAAGAAAGACUAAUAUGUUUUGAAUAUCUACAAUCAAAGAAGUCUCAGACUUUAGCUCUUAGCCAGGAACUGAGAAGUGGCUGCUUUUUCUUUUUUUCUUGGGUGAAAAGAUCACACUUGCCAGUUGAUUUGGUACUUUCUUAAUGCCAGCUGCAUGCUUGACGUUCAUUACAUAAGGCAACAUAACCCACUCCAAGUCUGUUUCUGCUCUCCACUGUACAGGAUUAUCCUAAAAAAAGUGUAAUUAGCAUAUUGUACAUUUAAUUGAGAAUCGUCCUGUUAUUUCAGAUCAGCCGAAUUAUUGGACACCAUGUAUGUUAGGUAGGAUGUUGGACUAUAUCUCUUCUCUCAUUUGUUAUUGUUGAUUAAUUGACCAUGAAUUGAAGUAUUUUGUACAAUGGUUACCAGCACAAUUCACAAGUUCACUAGUCUGUGAAAUUAAGACACCCAUUUUUGAUUUGUAUGGUCAGAAUGAAUGUAUAAAGUUACAUUAAUAAUAUUUU